AUGUCUUCGUCAGACACCUCAUCACUGUCAUCGGCGCCGCCGACAGAUGAUGAGUCUAUGUCUGGAGUCACUUACGCGACCAAUGCUAAAAUCACAAAUUAUUUCAAGGAGGAGACUCCUCCGCCUCCAAAGCGCGCCCCAUCUCCGCCACACGAAUAUGUUCUCGCGGACAAUCCAGAUAUCGCGUUCAUCGUCAUGUUCCGCGCGCGUUUCAGUGACGCCUUCCCGAAAUCACUCCCACACUAUGGCCCACAAGACAUUGAGCAAGGCGUGCAAGAUAUAACACCUGGGGAACAUGUCGAAAGGCUACUGUGUGCUCUUAUUGGCCUAGUCCUCAAUCGCAAGAAAGAUGUUGAGAAAGGACAUUACCAAAGAGCCCUAGAAGAGGCUGUACAAACACAUAAUUCACAAUGGCCGCGUGCCUGGGAAGGAAAGAAUCCUCUGCAUGGCGGGCGCACAUUCACAACCAUGAAUCCUGAGGAGAGGUUACGUCUGCUCAAAGCUCUUAUCUUAUGGUCUCUUUCCUCCUCCGAUGCGAUACAAGCGAAGAUCAAGGAUUCCUAUAAGCAGGCGCGACACGAUGACGACCUCAACCAACCACUGUCGAUACAACCAUGGGGAAGAGACGAAUUGAAAAGACGCUACUGGCUUAUAGAAGGCCAAGAUGAUACUCAUUUUCGCCUCUAUCGGGAGAGCAAUCCAGCGUUGAAGACAAAUACCUGGUGGAGUGUUGCAGGAACUAUCGACGAGAUCCGAGAAAUUGGCGAGAAGUUGGCACAAGAAAAAUCACAACAUUCCAAGAAGUUGAGCGAACGGAUCAUGCAUGCAAUUCCUCGUUUUGAGGGUGGAGAAGAGAAACGGAGACGGCGUGACUACCGAUUAGCACGAAAGGCUGCAUUUACACGCCCGGAACCAGGAUUCUCCCUCUACGAAGGCCGUACGCGUGGCAAGAAGCUCAAAUAUACUUACUCUGAAGACGAGGAUAUAUUUUCUGACGAUUUGCCUACUACUCGACGAUCGACACGAAAUGCGUCUGGCAUCACAACCCCGGGCGAACCCGCAGGACCAACAAUCACAGCUAGCGGUCGGCAGGUGCGAGCUCGAGCUGGCGGCAUAUACGGAGAGUCAAUGUUGAGUGGACAACGAGCAGAUCACCAUGCAGAUGACGAUGAGGAUGAAGAGGUUCGACCUCAGCGUAGCACGCGCGGUCAAGCGAACGGCUACCCGUCGAGAUAUGCCAAUGAUGCUAGCGAUGAAGAAUCAGAAGCUGCGUCUAGCUGGAAAGGUGACGACGAGUCGAACAACGAGAAUGAUGACUUCGAAGGUGACGACGAGGAAGAACAAAGUGAGGACGAAUCGAUGCUCGAUGUUGAUGAGUCUGAACAAAAUAGUCUAGUUGUUCAUCUGCAUUACGGCAAGACGAACCCGAACCAACCACUCAAUCUAAUUGAUGGCUUGAUUAGUGAAUCCGGUGGCAUUCCAGGUUCAAACACCGUGCAGACAGAAGUUGUAACUGACCUGUCUAAAAGGCCACUCGAAAAGCCAGCUUCAGAAGGAACUUCUCAAGCAGCAGGCACAACGAAUGGAUCAUUGGGAGAAAAGCCUCAAGAGCUGACGGUGCCAAGCUCUGCGGCGAUUUCGCCCUAUGAGUACUCCAAGGAGAAUGUGUCUGCCCAGGGCACGAAGUCAGAGGAUGUAACUGCAAAAUCCACACAGGAMCCCGCCGUUGUACCACUCGAACCUUCUCGAGUACACAAUGGCCACGAGUGA